CCAUUAACCCAUGUUGCUGCAAGACACGGGAAAGUGAAAGCACAAUGAAAAAAUAGGGAGUGGGCAAGAAAAAUGACUUUCGCACUUACUAACUAUUCGAUUUACAUUCUCAUUUUAGGGUAGAAUUGAAAUGCACGCGAUGUAUGUUGGAGGGUCAUGAAUCUAUAGGAUCAUCAGAGGAUCCCUAAAGUGAGGAUACAUUUGAUGUUUACGACCGUUGGAAAUCGAGGCACCAUGCACUUAGGGUUGUGUCUGAGGGUGCUGAUACUGGCUGCUCUCACAGUUCCCAUCAGAGCAGCUCAACCUGCCCAGGAGACAUUCACCUUAACUGUCCCUGAUGGUCCAACCUCCACCCUGUCUGGCUCCUCUGUCUCUCUACUCUGUCAAGUUUCACCUCUCUUCAAUGUUGAGCCAUUGGAGGUGCGCUGGUAUCGUUCCAGUAACUUUCACAGUCUUGCCUUGUUGUACAAAUAUCACAAGAUCCAGGAGGCCCCUGUGGACCCGCAGUACAGUGGCAGGGUGUCUCUAACUGGGGGGAUGGAGAGGGGGAACGUGUCCUUGACACUGGAGAGGGUCACACUGGAAGACAAGGGGGAGUAUGUGUGCCAAGUCACCAGUAAACAGUGGUAUGAAAAGGCCAGUGUCUUCCUCACAGUGAAUGUAACAGGUAGCGAACCAGUUCUCUCUGUUGCUGAAGCAAGAGGAGGAGGAGGUCAGGUGAACGUUACCUGUUCAUCAGCGGGCUGGUCACCACAACCUAAACUCAUCUGGACAAACAAAGAGGGGACAGAGAUCAGAAAUGGACAAGAAGUACUCAACACUUCUGAUCCCCAGGGCUUGGUGAGUGUCAGUAGUUGGCUGCUGUAUGCUCCCUCAUACUCCGACUGGCUCGCCUGUACAGUCUCUCUGUCUGAGGAGGUGAAGAGAGAGAGCAGAAUUCUGCCACUUAUAUACACAGCUCCUACAGCUGUACCUGGAGUCUACAAAGAAGCCUACAUUUUGAUUCUGGUCCUGUUGGUCCUGUCUCCUGUCAUCAUCUGUGCUCUGUGCUCUGUCAUCCUGUGGAAACGAAGAGGGUCCAUGUGGUCUUCAUCCCGAAAGUCCAGAAACAGUUCAGAUCAAACUGAGCUUGGACAGAGGCCGACAGAGACAAAAAACCUAAUAGAAGGGGCAGAAAACACAGUGAAGACUCUUACCAGACAGAGAGCAGCUGGAAAAGGAGGUAAUCUGAAAGCAGAGACCAACAACUCCAUUGAAGGGGCAGAAACCACAGUGAAGACUCCUACAGAAUACAUUGCAUUUGAGAACAUCAUUCUGGAUGAAAAGACUGCGCACCCUGCUAUUAGAGUCAAUCAAGAAAAGCAGCGGGCUCAUUACAUUAAAGAAAAAGAUACAGAAAAACGCUUUAGAAUGCAUCUCCAUGUAUUUUCUCAAGAGAGUUUCAGUUCAGGACGACACUAUUGGGAAGUGAAGGUAAAGGACGGAACAACAGAAAAACUGUCAUGGUAUGUUGGUGUGGCCAGAGAAAAUGUUGAGAGAAGACCUAUUGUUCCUUUAACUCCACAGAAUGGAUUUUGGAUUCUAUCUUUUGAUAAAGAAAAAGGUUUCCAUGUCAAUACUGACCCUCAAUCACCAAUAACUGUGGCAGAGCUCACUAUUGUGGGAGUGUUUCUAGACUGUGACAGACACACUCUGUCUUUUUAUAAUGUUGAUACAGAGUCACUUCUUUACACUUUUACUGAUGUGAAGACAUUCAACUACUUUCCUGUGUUCAGCCCGGGACAACGUGACAUAUUCACAAUAAGAAUAAUUUGAUUUGCAUACCAAAACCAUUUUCACACCACUGAGCCAAGUCGAGCUGUACUGAGCUGGUCUGGUUAAGCAUCCACUGUAGUUGCUGUAGCCGUGCCGGAAAGGACAAUGUGAAAAUAGAAUAUUAGAGCCAGCACAGUAUAGGUUGGGUCAGCACGAUAGUGUCAAAAGGGUCUGAGAUGCAGCUGAAAUUCAUGUCAAAUGAAUCAUACAUUAUAUACAUUUUGUGUUAUUCAGUGAUUGUAAAUGUGUGUAUCUUUUUCCCAAAAUGUUUUCAGACGCCACAAGAAAAAGAGAACACUAGUAAUGGCGUCUUUUUGUAGGAAAUAACUCCGCCAUGGUUCGUUGAACAAACCCUACUGGAAAAUGAAUGGAUUUUUGGUAGGGUAUUUGGAUAAACUUUGAAACUGAGGUCUGUGGUAAACACAGGCUUAAGAGCUAAUUUUCAUCAGCUAACGUCACUUCGAUUUUUUUAAAGCAUUUAUGCAAUCAGAAAAAACACAAAGGCUUAAUUCCUAACGUUCAGACGUUAUUUUCUGCGUUUAUCCCAAAACCGUAUUCUUUCCCCCUAAGAAUAGCUGAACGAACCAAAACUUACACAUACAAAUGUUUUAGGGCUACAAGCUGGCGAGUUUUAUAAAAUCAACCAAAAAUCUUUGACUAUUUUUCUACCUGUAGCUAGAUUAUGAAUGUAAACUGUGAAGCUACUGUAGUACAAGUUAGCAAUAUCCUUUGCAUUCUUCAGUUCUGUUAAUGUUGUCCCAAUUAAUAAAUGACUGUAAUCUGUU